AUGGCCUCAGCCAAAGAAGAUGGUGUAGAUGAGAGAAUGGUGGACAUUAAAGAAGAGGACUUUAAGAACAGUCUUUAUAGACACAGCAAAAUCCAUACUGGAGAAAAAUCUCAUUGCUGUUCUGAAUGUGGAAAACGAUUCUUAGAUUUAUUCUCACUUCAGUGUCACAUCAGAACUCAUACUGGAGAGAAACCUUAUUGUUGUCCUGAAUGUGAUAAGCAGUUCUCACAACAAAGCACCCUACAGAGUCACAUCAGAGUUCACACCGGAGAGAAACCUCACCAAUGCUUGGAAUGUGGCAAACGAUUCUCACGCGUCAGUUCUCUUAAUACUCAUAGGAGAAGUCAUACUGGAGAGAAGCCUUACAUUUGUACUGACUGUGGAAUGCGAUUCUCAUAUAACAGUUCUCUUCACAAUCAUAAAGUAAUUCAUUCUGGUAAGAAACAAAGCUGUUCUGAAUGUGGCAAGCUUUUCUCAGACAGCAGGAGUCUUAAGGACCACAUGAUAAUUCACUCUGAAGAGAAACCUUAUUGCUGUCCAGAAUGUGGCAAACGAUUCUCUCGUCAAAAGACCCUUAAGAGCCACAGAAUGAUCCACACUGGAGAGAAGCAGUACACCUGUUCUGAAUGUGGCAAAGGGUACUGUUCCAAAAAAAGUUUUCGGAGACACACACAAAGUCAUAUUGGAUUAAAGCCUGUCCCAGACAUGACAAAUGAUCUUUCUAUUGGCUCCACAACCAAAAAAAUAAAGAAAAAUCUUCGGAAUGAUGGAAAGCACUCCAUUUGA